AUGAUAGAUCUAGAGACAGCGAUUUUGUUCACAGCACCACCAUUGCUAGGAGUGGAGGCCGGUGAUAGAACAGUAGGCAGAGCCAGUGAAGAAGCAGCCGACGCCAUAGCAAGUGGUGAAGUUCCAAUGGACGGAGAGGGAGCCACGUCCCCUAGAGUAAAGGACGAAGACGGUGUUGAAGCCGAAAGAGUUGCCACAUGGGUGAAGGAGACGAUUUUAGCGAGGAGGCCAGCGGCGACUUUGUUGGCGAAGAGGUCAGUGCGAUGCCCAGAUUCCGAAGGUAAAUCUCUACGAAAGGUCGAUGGGCUUGUCAAGAUUCCGUAUAUUUCCAAUAAGAAUGCUGAUGAGGAUCAUGAGGUUAGGAUUUUUGUGAAGGAUGAAGGGUCGAUUGGGAAGAAAAUAAGAGAGGCUAUGUUGGCUAAAGGGAAAUCAAUGAAGAAGGUGAGGUUGUAUGUACAGAGUAUGGUGAAGGGUGAUUUGGAGGCCAAAAGGGCGGAACCGAAGAGUAAUCAAUCGGCUACGCCUGCGGCAGCCAUGUAG